ACUGCGCAUGCGGGAAGAUGGCGGGCCUGGAGUCCUGAGAACCGUGGGUCACCCCGCUCUCCUCCGGUCCGCCCUGUAGCUCCCGAGGUCGUGGGGCAGUGGCGCGUUCGCUCGCGGGCCGGCCUCGGCAGCGGCGCCUCCAAGCAAGGCGCAAGGCCCCGUUCGUGCUCGGCCCCCGGCCCCCGGCGCGUUGGGGGCGGCGCCCGGCCGGAGCGGGAGAAGGCGGGAGAGCGCGCGGGGUGCGAGGCGCGGGGCGGCCGGCGGGGCAGCAUGAGUCAGCAGCGGCCGGCGCGGAAACUGCCCAACCUGCUGGUGGACCCGGCGGAGGAGACGGUGCGCCGCCGGUGCCGCGACCCCAUCAACGUGGAGGGCCUGCUGCCAUCAAAAAUAAGGAUUAACUUAGAAGAUAAUGUACAGUACGUGUCCAUGAGAAAAACUCUAAAAUUGAAGAGACCUCGUUUUGAUGUAUCUCUGGUUUAUUUAACUCGAAAAUUUAUGGAUCUUGUCAGAUCGGCUCCUGGGGGGAUUCUCGACUUAAACAAGGUCGCCACAAAACUGGGCGUGCGGAAACGAAGAGUAUACGACAUCACCAAUGUCUUAGAUGGGAUCGAUCUCGUUGAAAAAAAGUCUAAGAACCAUAUACGAUGGAUAGGAUCCGAUCUUAGCAAUUUUGGAGCGGUGCCUCAGCAGAAGAAGCUGCAGGAGGAGCUUUCUGACUUAUCAGCAAUGGAAGAUGCUUUGGACGAGUUGAUUAAGGAUUGUGCCCAGCAGUUGUUCGAGUUAACAGAUGACAAAGAAAAUGAGAGGCUGGCGUAUGUGACGUACCAGGACAUUCACAGCAUCCAGGCCUUCCACGAGCAGAUCGUCAUCGCGGUGAAAGCCCCGGCAGAAACCAGACUGGACGUCCCGGCUCCCAGAGAAGACUCUAUCACAGUGCACAUAAGGAGCACGAGAGGGCCCAUCGAUGUCUAUUUAUGCGAGGUAGAGAACGGCCACUCGAGUAGCAAAGCGUCUGAAGGUGCGGGCACCUCUUCAGCUAAAAACAAACACCCAGAACACCUUGACAAAGAAGAAAAUCCUCCACAACAAUGUGAAGAAUUGCUUGAAGUGAGCAACUGAUAGCGUUUGCAAAUUCGUGUAUGGAGUUUUGGGGAAGUAUCCUGUACGGAUGAAUUAUGCAUCACAUUUGAUUCUCAGAGCAAUAAAUCAUCCAUGAAGUUCUCUCAUUCUCCGUGACCGCAUCAAGGCCAGUAGUGGCUCUGAGUAGUUCACUACUUAAGUUACUGAUAAUUAUGGUUUCUACAUUUGAAAGCAACUCUUUUUAUGAGGAUUCACUGCUUUUGGUCAGUGAACUUGACACCCUGCCCACUGAACUAAGUCUAUCAUGAAGAGCAUCCCUGAGACCGGCAGUCGGGCCUGAAGCCGACCAUGCUGGGCAGACCCUGGCCUUCCCUUCAAGGAUCACGUGUCAUUAUCACGCAGGAAAUUGCCUUACGCGGGUUCAUGUCUGCAAUUAGCUCUUGGAUGAGUGCGCCAGGCAUCUAGCUGUGACGUCUGUAUAUACCUGUAUAGCGUUCAGACUGCUUACAUACUGUGUCUUAGUAAAACUUCCCAGGCUUGUACAGCCAAAACAGUGUACAUACGGAAAGUCACAGACAAAUUCUCUGAUUUCUGUGGUAUCUAUAACUUAUUAGAAUCCUCUGAACGGGGAUUGGAGGAAAGUUUUUUCCCAGACUUCUACGUGUAGAAGUAUCAUGAAUAUGCUAUACAUCUAAACAUCAUGGAUUUAAUUAAAGUAUUUCAGUCUGGUUCCCAGUGCUGAAGCGGGAAUCUGACACUUCUGGAUUUCAAGCUCCCUACUGUGUGCGGGAGGGUCCGGCGUGCCCUGCGGCCUUCGGGGUGAACGUAGAAAUGCUGUCAGGUACUGGCUUCGUUCUUUGCAAGACAUGAAUUCAAUCAUGAUGAAAAUUAGAAACUUUUAACCUUUGUGCAGGCAGAUUUUGUAAUUUUCUGUACGCAGCCUCGCUUUUCAAUCAGGGGGUUUACUUCUGACGAGUUCGUUGUACCCUGCCCUCUCUCCAGCUCUGGUCCCACGUUUCCAAGAACCUAGCUCUUUCUACCUCAUUGGGUAAGUCAUUUACCACUCUGUGCCUCAGUUUACUCCGUAGUUUACCAUUAGACUGUGAGCUCCUUGAGGGACUUUGUCUUAAUCAUUGUUCUGCCCAGCGCCUUGCACCAUGCCUGGCACGUAAGAAGUGCUCAAUAAAUGUUUGAAUAAAUCAGCGAGUGAGUGAAUUGUAAAAUUAGUCUAAAAACGCUUGUCAACGUCAUUCAGAUUCGUAUUUUAAACUCCUCUCGCUCUGAGAGAGGUUUGAAAGUCGAAAUUAAAACCAUGUGUAAAAAAAAAAA